CUGGUUUUUAAAAUCCCGAAUUUCCUUUCAAAGGCAAUUUUGGAAGCCGUUUCUUUUUCCAUGAGUGUUUUCUCUUGCAUCUGCUGCUUGCUUUGAGGUCGCCAUGUCAAACCCCAUUUCUGAUGACGCUGACUACUUCAACUCCAAGCAUCAGGGCUUCCAUCGGCCUGGUGCUCCAAAACCAUUAAAUAUGCGUCUCAACGACCACACACCUAGUGACCUUACGUCUCCUACUUCCCCGGCUACUCGAAGGCGCCAUACUCAGCAAGUAGCGCUAGACGGAACGCCGCGAGCGAAAUGGCAGAAUCUCGUACAUCGCUUGUCCACAUUCCAAGGGCCACAAGAUAAUAACGACAAGCCUGAUGAAGGACCACACCGAUCUCUAUGGGAUAUGCAAUCCCAAUCAUACAGUGCUCCUAUAGGGGAAGACGACAGUUUGCCAACACCAGAGCAGUGCUAUCAAGAGAAUGAGAUGUUGGAGGAAACCAAUCAAGAUAGCGAAACAAAUGAACAAGGGGAAAGAAUCAACUUCUUUGAGCGUCCAUUUGACCAGGAAGACACCGAGGUGCCAAUGCAAGAGCCUGAACCAGUCCAUUUCAGGCCAAACGAACGAAGACCCAUGAUGAACGAUUCACAAGUUAGCACACCUCAGCUAAGCACUCGCAGCAAUCGAUCCAAAAGAAAUGUUCUAUCAGCGUUUUUAAGUCGGAGAGCAUCAAGUGGUGACCUUUAUCAGGACGGUAUGCCGAUGACGCCUACACAAAGUCCAUCACCAGCGAGGCAUUCCAGUCAGCACGCAGAAGAAACCCGUGCUCGUGCUCAUUGGGGAAAAACAUUCGAUAAGCUCAAACUCGUAAGCGGCUUAAAUUCAGCUGCGAAGAACAAAGAACAACAUCUUGCCCAACCUUCAUAUCCACUGGUCCCAUUUUAUCCUCCAGCGUUUGCUGUCCCUUACAUAGGGUUUGCCAGAGAUGAAAAGGGUCGACGACCUCCUCCUAUUCUCUUUGACCUCAUUGGCAUCGCAGUGACAGAUUCAUGGAUUGAUCCAUCGGCCAUCAAUCGUCAAUGGGUCUUUCGUAUUGAGCUUUCAUAUGGCGAAGUGAAGUGGGUUAUCAAACGGACAAUUUACGACUUCUUGGACCUUCAUUUGAAAUUGCGUUUAAAGGAACGUUUGACAAGCCGUGCCCCUCCUCCUCCUUCAUUCCCAAAUCAGCUCAAGCACUUGGUCAAUGCCUUUCAGACUAGGGUCCAAAACAUUGGAAAGGACGAUGACGAAGAAAAGGACGAAAAUUGGCGUAAUGCUGCUCUACGACGUAGAAAAGCUCUGGACAAAUAUCUGAAAGAAUUGGUCGCUAGAUCUCAUCUUACCAUCGACAACUAUCAACUUUGUGAAUUUUUGGAGAUAUCCGCCAUCAGUAUGCUUCCAGAUAUGGGCUGGAAGGGUAAAGAAGGUUAUCUGGAAAACAAGAUUCACUUCGUAAAACCCACUCUCUGUCAAGCCAUUCGUAUUAACACAUGGACCGAUGAAUGGGUUAUCCUGCGAGACUCAUAUAUUGCAUUUUUGCAAAAUCUCGAUUCCACCACGCCAUCUGAUGUUCUUUUAUUGGACAAAAGCUUCACUGUCAUUUCAGGAGGCGGAUCAUUGCUUGGGAAAUACCAUCAUCAUCAUAUCAGACUGAUGAAUGGCUUCAGAAAGGUGGAAAUCAAAGCCACGAGCAAGCGUUCUGUAGAAGAUUGGAUGCACCAGAUCAGUAAGGUGCAUAAGGAAAGCCCAUGGGUUCAAAAUCAUCGCUUUGGAUCGUUUGCUCCCAUUCGCAACAAAGCUCGAGUCAAAUGGUUUGUUGAUGGCCAAGAUUACUUUGAUGCUGUGGCGGAAGCUCUUUUAGCAGCGAAGAAAGAAAUUUACAUAGAGGAUUGGUGGUUAUCACCAGAACUUUACCUGCGCCGUCCCCCCGAGGAAAAUGAGGAGUUCAGAAUUGACAGAUUGCUUUUGAAAAAAGCACGAGAAGGUGUCAUGAUAUAUAUCGUAGUAUACAAAGAAAUGUCUCUCGCCUUGACUAUCAACUCUGAGCAUACAAAGAUUUGGCUACAAAACCUGCACCCAAAUAUUAUAGUUCAAAGACAUCCUGAUCACGGUGCUGGUGGUGGCGGUGUACUAUUCUGGGCUCACCAUGAGAAAAUGGUGGUCGUCGACAAUCGUAUUGCUUUUAUCGGUGGUCUGGACAUUUGCUUCGGUCGUUGGGAUACCCAUCAGCAUCGUCUUGUAGAUCAUCCAGCAGUGGGACAUGACAAAGAGACCUUCCCCGGUCAAGAUUAUUCCAAUCCACGUGUGAAAGAUUUCAUAAAUGUUACACAGUAUGCAACCCCUCUUGUUGACAAGAAUACAACACCUAGAAUGCCGUGGCACGAUGUCUCCAUCGGUGUUGUUGGACCCAUUGCCCGUGACAUAGCAAGACAUUUCGUUCAAAGAUGGAAUUUUAUCAAAGCUAGCAAAGGUGCUCACCGUACAACAGUUCCUUUCUUGACCCCGAAAGGUGAAUAUGUUGCAAAGAGAGAUGAAAGCAAAUUCGAAGGGUCAUGUCGUGUUCAGUUGUUACGCAGCAGCGCUGAAUGGAGCCAAGGCAUUGAACGCGAGCAUUCCAUCUAUAAUGCUUACGUCGAAUGCAUUACAAAAGCAAAGUAUUUUGUGUAUAUUGAAAAUCAAUUCUUCAUUACUGCGACAACCCCUGAAGACAAGAUCAUCAAAAACAAGAUUGGCCAAGCGAUUGUUGAGCGUAUCAAGCUUGCCCAUAAGAAAGGUGAAAAGUUCCGCAUCAUCGUGGUUAUGCCACUUGCGCCAGCUUUCGAAGGUGAUUUUGCAUCCAGUGAUGCCGGUACUGUUCGACUUGUUAUGCACUUCCAGUAUGCUUCCAUUUCCCGUGGAGAGAGCUCUAUCAUUGAGAAGCUCAAAGCUGCAGGUAUUGAGCCUGACCAAUACAUUCAAUGGUACAGUCUGCGAAAUUGGGACAAGCUUAAGCCAAAUCCAGCAGCGGCCAAGUCACCUAUUGCCACCCCACCUGCUUCUCAAACCUCUCCUAAAGCUGACGCACCAUUGUCUUCGCCCCAACAUUAUAUUAUCAGCAAGAAUGCUCCAACUAUGAACAAUACUGUCAAUGAUCACCAUGAUCAAUCAGAUUGGGAAGGUCACUCUGAUGAUGAUGGGUCUAUGGCGGAGCUGACGAAAGAAUCUACUAAUAGAGACAGUGUUGGAAACGGCCAUGCUAGAGGGAAUAGUAGUGAAAUUCGACCCUCUAUUGAUUCAGUACUGUCACCUGCUGCACCUACUACCACCCAGGGGGAUACUGCUAACGAGAUCAGUAGCGUCCCUGAUAGUACUAAAGAGUCAACAGAGCUGGCCGAUGACCGCUUGGAGUAUGUGUCAGAGCAACUUUACAUUCAUACGAAAUUAAUGAUUGUUGAUGAUAGAAUUGUCAUCAUUGGCUCAGCCAACCUCAACGAUAGAUCGCAACUUGGCAACCGUGAUUCAGAAAUUGCAAUGCUGAUUGAAGAUACUGAUACAGUACCAUCCAAGAUGAACGGUAAAGAUUAUAAAGCCAGCCGCUUCGCUCACACUUUAAGAAUGCAAUUGUUCAAGGAACACUUGGGACUCUUGAAAGACCAUGACAUCGAUGGCGGAGACGUUCCAAAAUCAGACCUUUAUGAUGAUGAGCUGUUGACGCCUAAUACCAAGGAUAAAGUCGUACCGGAUGCGGCAGGAGUACUAACUCGGCAGUCAUCGACAUUCAACAUGUUCGACAACUUCCGCUAUGAUAGCAAACUGGACGCGGAAGAUCAACUUGUGCUAGACCCGCUGACAGAUAGCUUUUAUUUGGAUAUCUGGAGAAGUGCUGCCAUGUCCAAUACCGAAAUUUAUCGCGAUACCUUCCGAUGUGUCCCUGAUGACAAUGUACUUACAUUUGAAGACCACCGAAAGUUUAUUCCUGACUCCAAAGUGGUACCGAUAGGGCACAUUGCAGAUCCUGCCAACAUGACUGGCCAGGCCGUGCAAGAAAGAUUGAAGAGAGUCCAGGGACAUCUCGUUAUGUUCCCCAAAGACUAUUUAAAAAACGAAAACAUGGUCGGAUCUUAUAUCAAGGAAACCGUAACCCCCAUGGUGAUUUUCACUUGAACUUAAUAACCAUUUUCUACUAUCUCAUAAUACUUUGUACUUUUUUUUUUUUUCAUCUCAUUAAAGCAGUGCCAAAUUUGCAUUUGAUGACCUUUAGCUUCUGAACGUGGCUUAGUAAUUUCCAAUAGCUAGCAUGUAGUGAUGUUGGUCACUUUAGGUAGAGAAUGUAUGGGC